AUGGCCACGCUUGCAGAAUUUGGCCGCAGGAAUUUUUCGGAGUUACAUUCGAAAUUUGAAAAGAGAAUUCAAGAGAAGGACUUUGUGGCAGCCGAAAAAUUUUUACGUAACAAUGGCUGUUGCAACAGUCUCGAAAAGGCCCUUGAAUUCAAGGGAGGCCUCGUAACCUUGGAGUCGAGGGAAUACUUGGAGGCAGACAGGAUAAUACGUGAAGAUUUGACUCGAGCCUUGAAAAAAAAAGGAGAAAUGGAUUUAAAUCAAAUUUCGCGAACCAUUGAAUAUUAUAAGCAAGAGUCACUCAAGGAUUACCUGAGAACAAAUAACAUGAGAGAAAUCAUCAAAGUAUACAGCGAAGAAGAAAUUGACAUUCUACCCAGAAAUCUCGUUUAUGUUGUCGCGGCUUACAUCAAGUGCGGUAACAUGGAAGGUGCGAGUAAGUUACUGGAUAACGUUCGCCUGGGACACUUUAAGCCGGAUGGAAUUCUGCAUUGCAUACGCGAAUACCUGACACUCGGAGAAACGAUCGCGGCCAAAAACCUGCUGGAUCAACAAAUGAUCAAACGUCUCAAACCAAAUUCCGAACAAUUCGCGACUCACGUAAAGCGAUUGAUCGAACUGAGAAAUAAUAAUCGAGCGUUCUCGUUAUACCAUAAAAUCAUUGAAAAGGGUGUGGAGCCCAACGAACACACCUAUGGUGCAUUCAUAUCUGGGUUCAUUAGAAAUCAAAAGUACAGAUUUUCCAUGCGCGUAUGGAAUGACAUGAUGAAGAAGGGGUUCAAGCCGACGGCGACGAUCUACGGUCAAAUGAUUGACGCGUUUUCGAGUAACGGCAGAAUUUAUAAUGUGGAAAUGUUGUGGCAUAAGAUCAGAGAAAGGGAUGAUAUUAAACUUGAUUCAAUUCUCUAUUGUUCAGUGAUCGAUGCCUAUCUGAGGGCCAAGAGAGAGCAAAAAGCGAUUGCACUGUUUCAACAGAUGAAGGAGGAAAAGAUACCUUUGGAUGAGCGGUCAUACAAUACAAUGAUCAAUGGAUUGUUUUGGAAUCAUAAAGUAGAUAUGGCGUUGAAAAUUUUUAGAGGAAUGAAGGAAGAUGGAGUUCGACCAAAUUUGUCAACAUAUAAUAUUUUAGUGCGUGGGUUAUUGUAUUAUAGAUACGACAACUUGGCAAUGGAGGUUAUAAAGGACAUGAAGGAAAUGAAUGUGCAACCUGACGUGGUCACUCUGACAACUUUUCUGUCGAGGUUCUUCGCGAGAAGAGAUGUAGCGAGCGUCAAGAGCAUAAUAAGUAAUUUCGGUAAUUAUGGAAUUAAACCCAAUGUACAUACUUACAAAACCUUGAUUGGUGGAUUAAUAAACAUCGAAGAUUUAGCUGGGGCUGAACUCGCAUAUAAAGAAAUGAUAAGCCAUGGUGUAGUUCCUGACAUUGACAUUUAUAGAUUGAUGCUUUCGGUCGAUUUCAAACAAAAAAGAUUUAACGAAGCAAAAGAAAAUUUUCGAAUUGUUAAAAGUCUAAAGAUGAGACCUACACACAAAUAUUUCGCAACUUUAAUAUCGGGCUUCGCAUACGCUGGUAAAUUAAAGGAAGCGAAGAGAUAUUACUUGGAAAUGACAACACUUAAAAUUAAGCCUACACCUUCGAUCUACAAAAUAAUGAUCCAAGGUUGCGUAGAUCAUGGUGAUCUGGGAUACGCUUUAGAAGUUUAUAAAUAUAUUAAAAGAAACGAUCUGAUAACCGGAGAUCCGGUGUUGAUGAAGAUGUGUAAAUUUAUUGAGCAUUGGCACCGAAAAAAGAGGUUAAAAGAUGAUUGA